GACAAUGAUCAUGAUGAAAAUGAUGAAGCAGGGUCACAAUACGGAGCUGAGCUCGAGGUGCAUGAAAAUGAAGUUCUUCCACGACCUGAAGAGGAAAGAAUUACUGAAGCUGAGAAAAAUAAACGUUUACAAAAACAAUUAGAGGAAUUAAAAGCUGAUUUAGCUGAUGCCAAGGAACCUGAAAAAAUGACUAAAAAUGAUGAACUUCACCAAGAGAAUGUACGACAGGGUCGAGACAAAUAUAAAACUCUUAAAGACAUUCGUAAAGGCAACACAAAGAGACGUGUAGAUGAAUUCGAAUCUAUG